AUGUCACCUAUCGCAAAUGCCGACAAGUCCAGGCAAACUUCCGCUGGGAAGUCCUUUUUUGGGAGAAAACUUUAUAAAGAAAAGCCAGCUGAUGACCGUUAUGAUGGGUAUGGAGGUUCUUACGACACUCUGGCACCACCUGGUAGCGCUACUGGUUCUCGCUCGUCCCGUUAUUCGAAACGGUCUUCAGUUCAAUCCAUUGAUAUGACCCAUGAUCUUGACCCGAGUUCCCUUGCUCCUACAGCUGGUGUUAUCACAUCUAUUCCUUUCGAAAGUCUUCCAUCUGAUACACGAACACCGAUACCUAUCGAUAGCAUGUCUCGGCCUGACUCCUCUUAUCGCUAUGAACCAUCACCCAACCAUAUCAGCAAAUCAGGCAGUGACUAUCACCAAUAUCCUACCUGGACUUCAACAUCUGCCCCAAAUGGGUACCAUCCUUCCGGUCCUAGGCCCCCACCCCAUGUCUCCAAUGUAACCAUGACCAGUAGCGCUUCGGGAGACCGUGGUAAUAGAUACCAACAAUGGAGCCGUCCUGGGAGUUCAGCAGCAAAUCCUGGCAUGGGCUAUUAUUCCUCAAUUGAUUCUUCAUCAAAUUCGCGCACAUCACUCGACCAGGCCAGUUUAUACUCAUCGCAUUCGUCUCACACGCGCGGCUCGAACCAAUUCUCCGAUACCACCCCUCGAGCUCUCACAAGCUCACAUUCAGAGCGGAGCAAUCUUCACCCCAGCAAUAGCAAUGGACGAUUGGCUAAUGCACAGGCUGCCUGGCAAGCUGCGCAGCCCGUUCCCGCAGCCGUACCUCGCCUGAAUGAUUACCUCACCCGCCCUAGAGAUGACCGUGUUGUCGACCAGCUAUUCCUAGACCUAAUGCACAAGCGAGGAUGGCAGAAUCUUCCUGAUCAGGCCAAGCGACAAAUGAUUUCAUAUCCUGCCUCUAAAAAGUGGACUUUGGUCCACCAGGAUCGAUUGACUGAGUUGCAAGGUGAGCAAAAGAGACGGCAAAACGCUCGCCAAACACAUGGUCAUGAUGGACUAUCUGGUUUGAUGGAACGCGCCGAUGAAGAAGGGAGUCCAGAGUGGUAUGUCAAGAAGGUGAUGGACGACUCGAUCACCUCUCAGCAGCUGUCCAGUCUGAGUGUCAGUUUGCGAACACAGCCCAUCGGCUGGGUAAAAGCCUUUAUCGAAGCACAGGGUCAAAUCGCCCUGACAAAUGUCCUUCUCAAGAUCAACCGGAGAAAGGCUUCUGGGCCCGUUCCUGCUCCCCCUAAUGGUGACAAAGACCUCGAACGCGAGCAUGAUAUUGCCAAAUGCUUGAAAGGUCUCAUGAAUAAUAAAUAUGGUGCGGACGAUGCUCUUGAGCACCAGGGAGUGCUCAUCGCAUUGGUUAGCUGCUUGUCAUCCCCGCGUCUGAAUACCCGGCGACUUGUCAGCGAGGUUCUCACUUUCCUUUGCCACUGGGGAGAAGGACAAGGCCAUCAGAAGGUUCUCCAGGCCAUGGAUAAAGUCAAGCAUGAUCACAACGAAACAGGCCGAUUCGAUGCCUGGAUGCGCAUCGUCGAGGUCACAAUCGAUGGUCGUGGUAAGAUGGGCAGCUUGGUCGGUGCCAGUGAAGAGUACCGCAGUGGGGGCAUCGGCAUGGAGAAUUCUCUGAUGGAAUAUGCUGUCUCGACAAUGAUCUUAAUUAACAUGUUGGUGGACGGUGCGGAGAACGACUUGCAGUUGAGAUGCCAUAUUCGAGCCCAGUUCAUCUCAUGUGGAAUCAAACGGCUUUUAACUAAGAUGGAGGGAUUCCAGUACGAGGUGAUUGACAAACAGAUCGAGCGCUUCCGUGACAACGAGGCCAUUGAUUAUGAAGAUCUGCUCCAGAAAGAGGGCGGCAGCAUGAAGGACAGUGUCGAAGGCGAGGUCAAGGACAUGAGCGAUCCUCUACAAAUCGCGGAUGCAAUUGCGACCAAGAUCAAUGGAACUCGAGCUCAUGACUACUUCCUAUCAGCUAUGCAGCAUAUGCUACUGAUCCGAGAGAAUUCCGGUGAAGAAGGUCUACGAAUGUUCCAGCUGGUGGAUGCCAUGAUGAGCUAUGUGGCCAUGGAUCGAAGGCUUCCUGACCUCGACCUGCGACAGGGACUAAAUUUUACUGUACAAAGCCUUCUCGAUCGGCUUCAUACUGAUGCUGAGGCGCGGCGUGUGUAUGAUGAAUCCUUAGAAGCGCGCCAGAUUGCUGAGGCUGCCAUUGCUGAGCGUGAUGAAAUGAAAGCUCAAGUAGAACUCGGUGCUGAGGGUCUAGUCAAGAAGCUUCAGAAACAAAUUGAUGAACAAGCCGGGAUAAUUGAGCUCCAAGGGCGACAAACCGAGACCCUGAAGGCUGAGGUCGCAGAAGUCCAGCAACUACGUGCUCAAGAACUGCAACGCAACGAAUUGGAGACUCGAGAACUUUAUCUGAUGCUCCGAGAUGCCCAGGAUAUUGCAGCAUCAAAUGCACGCAAGAAUGCCAACUCCACGGAUCCAGCGGAUAUAACACAAAUGCCUGGUAUCAUGGAUAGGGAGCGGCUUAUGGAACGUCUCGAGCGUCAAUUAGAGAGAACAAAAACCCAAUUCAAGCUUGAAGGCAAGGUCUGGGGACAUCAUGGACCAUCCGAUCGCUUGCGGGAGCUACGUGAGAAGAUGGAUGGGGAGUUUGAUUCUAACAUGGAGUUUGCCGAGCAAACCCGUCUCAAUCUCGAUCCAAAUUCCCUAAAAUCUGUCCAUCGCAAGCGAAGCUACGUGCCUGGGUCCGAACUGGCUCCGGGUGUGCCGUCUCCUGUGGAAGAGGAUGACGAGGCAGUAUAUGAAAAGCCUCGCUUAGUUGAAUAUCACCGUCCACGCAUGAACCCUGCUCAGGCAACUGGAUUGCUUGGCGAGCUAGCUUCCAAGGUGCCUAAGUAUGAUGAAGACCCUGAAUCUCCCGGCUCUAAGGAAGGGGCUCUAGAGACUCCUUCAGAAGAUAUCGCUGAAGAUUCUGUUCCUACUGAAGUGACAAAGCUGGGAUUCCACCCCCUCCUCCACCCCCGCCCCCGCCAGGAGCCAGUGGGAUACUCCCUCCUCCACCCCCCUCCAGGGGGUGCCAAGGCCAUUCCCGGUCUCCCUCCUCCACCUCCCCCUCCCGGAGGCAAAGCUGGUGGUCUUCCUCCACCUCCCCCUCCCGGAGGCAAAGCUGGUGGUCUUCCUCCACCUCCCCCUCCCGGAGGCAAAGCUGGUGGUCUUCCCCCACCGCCGCCUCCUCCGGGAGUUACUGGAGGAUUUGGUGCCCCUCCACCACCACCACCACCCCCGCUCCCCGGAGCCGGUGGCUUUGGACUUCCCCCUCCACCGCCUCCCAGCGUUCCCUUGGGUGCUGGCUGGAGACCUUCAUACUUGGUUGGUGAUUCUGUUUCCGCCACAACCCACAUGCCAUCUAUUAGACCGAAGAAGAAGCUCAAGGCUCUGCAUUGGGACAAGGUUGAUACUCCUCAAGUGACAGUUUGGGCUGCCCACGCACCAACUGCCGAAGAAAAAGAAGAGAAAUAUACCGAUCUAGCCAAGAGAGGUGUCUUGGAUGAGGUUGAGCGUUUGUUCAUGGCCAAGGAAACUAAGAUCUUUGGAACCAGUACCGCAGCAAAACAGCGAAAGGACAAAAAACAGAUCAUUUCCAAUGACUUGUCAAAGAACUUCCAGAUUGCUCUUUCCAAGUUCUCUCAAUUUCCCCCUGAUGAUGUGGUCCGCCAGAUCAUUCACUGUGAUCUCGAAAUUCUCGAUAAUAUGGUUGUAAUGGAUUUCUUGCAGCGAGAAGAAAUUUGUACCAUUCCUGAGAAUGUCUCUAAGCUCAUGGCGCCGUAUAGUCGAGACUGGACUGUUCCCGGUGCUGCCAGUUCUGAACGCGAGCAGGACCCCAAUGAACUCACUCGCGAGGAUCAGAUCUAUCUCGCUACUGCUUAUGAGCUGAAUCACUACUGGAAAGCGAGAAUGCGUGCCCUUGCAUUGACUAGAACGUUUGAACCCGAGUAUGAAGAUAUUUCAAUGAAGCUGCAGGAUGUUGUCGCCGUCAGCGAGUCCUUGCGUGAUUCUGUGGCUCUGAUGAAUGUUCUCGGACUGAUUUUGGAUAUUGGUAACUUCAUGAACGAUGCCAAUAAACAGGCUCAGGGUUUCAAGCUGAGUUCCCUUGCACGUUUGGGUAUGGUGAAAGAUGACAAGAAUGAGACCACAUUCGCCGAUUUGGUCGAGCGCAUUGUGCGCAACCAAUACCCGGAGUGGGAGGGUUUUAGUGAUGAAAUCAGUGGUGUUGUGAAUCUGCAGAAAAUUAACGUGGACCAACUAUGCACCGAUGCCAAGAAGUACAUCAGCAACGUUAAGAACGUGCAAUCCAGCUUGGAUGCAGGUAACCUGAGCGAUCCCAAAAAGUUCCACCCUCAAGAUCGCGUUAGCCAAGUUGUUCAGCGAAGUAUGAAGGAUGCCCGGCGGAAAGCCGAGCAGCUGCAACUUUAUUUGGAUGAGAUGGUCAAGACCUAUGAUGAUAUCAUGAUUUUCUAUGGCGAAGACAAUACCGAUGAGAAUGCCCGUCGAGAAUUCUUUGCAAAAUUGGCUGCGUUCUUGAUUGAGUGGAAGAAAUCAAGAGAGAAGAACAUCGGAAUCGAGGAAUCGAGAAAACGCACUGAACAAUCUUUGGCACGCAAACGUGUCAAUAUCAAUCUAGCAAAUAGUGCAACUGGCAUUUCCGAGACGCCAACUUCACCUGCUGCAAGUGGUGCUAUGGACUCACUGCUUGAGAAGUUGCGAGCCGCCGCACCUCAAGCUAGGGAUCAACGAGAUCGUCGCCGUCGUGCCCGUCUUAAGGAACGACACCAGGUGCGUGUCGCCUCUGGUCAGAAACCUCCUGAUCCGGAUGAAGAAGGCGAUGCCGCAAAACAACCGGCUGAUGGUGAGACAAACGCUGAUCAAGAUGGUCUUCUGAGUCCUCCGUUUACUGAGGGCGGAGAAGAGGAUACUAAGGAGGCCCAGGUUUCCGAAGGUGAGGACGUAGCAGACCGCGCCGCCAGCUUGCUCAUGGGCCUGAGGAGUAACUCUGAUGCGAAUGGCGAACGUCAGAGACGCCGAAGAGAAAGUGCUGAUGAAGAGCGUCGAAAUCGACGGAUGAGAAGGCGCAAUGGUGCAACCAGCGGAAGCAAAGACGGUACAGAUGGGGGUCUCUCAGCAGUUCCAGAACCUACUUCUCCUUCGCAACAUGAUCCGCUCGGUACUGAAGACCGAGCACUUCCCAGCCCUCCACCCGACGAGUCACAGUCAUCAGCGCCUCCUUCUAUCAUUGUUUCAGAAGAGUAUGAUGCGCCAUCAGAAGAACCACUAGCUGAUGGGUCCUUAACCAGUCAUCCGAUCGAAUCAUCGGAUUAA